AUGAUGGAAAGCUUUGAAGUUCACUCCAAGGACUUCUUGGUGAAAUGGAUCAAUGUUCCGGAUUCAUCAGUGGUGAAGUGGCAAGUUAAACCAUUGAAGAAAUCAAUUUUAUUCAGCAUCUAUCGCAAGAUAGGGUCUUUUAGUGCAGGCACUCAUGAUGAGAAGAAAAAGAAGAUCCCACUCGAGGAAAAGCUUUCCAACUCCAAUUUACAAUUGUUGCAAGACAUGGGAAAGUUGAGUGCUAAUGAAUUACACCAGAACGAGUUUGUCGUUAAAGAUGGCGAUGGUGGUGUGUAUGCAUUUGUGUUUGAUAACACGUUUUCCAAAAGUGUCAGCAAGAAAGUGCUUUUUGCUCAAUUUAUUGAGCCAAUGAUUCAAGAGUUGGUUUCAGAAUCGAACUCUGUAUUGAGCAUUCCGGCUGUCUGCGCUAGCCCAAUAAUUGAAGAAUCAAAUCAUAGUUUCUCUGCCCCUGCUCCACGUUCUUUAAGUCAAUCAUCUCAACCCUUGUCAAGAAGACCAUCUUCUAAUGUUAAUAACCCUGAGGCUGUGAAACCUCGUUUUAUGAGUGGCUCAGGCAAUAGAGAUAGAUCCGCUUCGGUGUACACCUUAUCCAAUUUGUUGAAUGAUCAAAGUACCGGAAACGACAAUGAAGAUUUCCAGAUUCUUAAACAGUUACAAGAUUUGCAGAAUUCUAGUAAUGCCGCCACUUCUCCUACGAUACCCAGCUUCAAGGCAACCAAUGGAAGUCUGAUGGACUUGAAUUUUGAGCCACCUCAUGGUGCUUCCAAGUUUCGCAAAAAGUCGAGCCAUUCCUCAUUACUGCACAGACGCAGAUCCAACUCUACCACUUCGGUAAGGACAAGUAAAUCUAACAAAAACAAGAACGAGGCCUCAAACAUUAAUAACAGUAGUACUCUAGAGCCUUUUAACAUCAAUCUAUUGAAAAACACUGUUCUUACAUCUAAAAAUGGACAGUAUAUUGAGGGCAAUUUGCUUAAAAGAAAAAGAAAGAAGAAUUCCAGAUCGUACUCUAAAAGAUUCUUUUCUUUGAACUUCAAACAAGGAGUGCUUGAAUACAGAAUGAAUGAUCAAUCUUCUGCCACACGUGGCUCGAUGCAUAUCAAACUAGUGGAAAUCACCGCUAAUCGAAAGAAUAAAGAGAUCACUAUUGAUUCUGGUUUAGAAAUUUGGCAUUUGAAAGCUUUGAAUGAAGUCGAUUGGGAAAUAUGGGUUAGUUCCUUGGAUAUCAUCAGAUUGCGAGCUAACUAUAAUAAUAAUGCUAGUGACGAGGCUCCAAAGGCUAUUAUUAAUAAUGAAAAUACAUUGAUUGGCAAUUUGACAGAGUUGCGAGAUAAAUUGCAAAUAACCAAGAAAUCUGCCUCAAUUAUUCUCGGUGAUCUCAACGAAAAUAUGCAGUCCAUGAAUGGAAAUGCGUCACCUAAAAUAUCAAGUUAUUCCCAACCGACAUCUUUAGGCCAAUUGCAUCAUAAGAAUUCUAGUUCGUCGUUCAACUCGACUGACUCAAAAGAAAGCAAAUCUUUUUUUAGAAGACCUUCAGUGAAUAAUGGGAAUCUUUCUCACUCUUUAUCCAGCGCCAUCAAUAGAUCUAACCUGUCAAUUAACGAACUGGUCUCUGAACCUGUGGCUGCUAAAAAAUUACAGAGCUCUCUCAAGAAUACAAAAGAUCUUUGUGUCAAGCUCUCAGAAAUGAGUGAUUUGUUAACACGUAUCCUUGAAACAGUAAAGCUUUCCGAGGAACCUAUAGCUGAAAAAAAGCUAAACAAAAGAAGUUCAUUAGGAUCAAUUGAUGAACUGAUUCUAUCAGAGAAUUUCUUUGACGCUCACGAUUAUAUCGAAUCAAUUGAAUCAAACGAUGGGGUUAUUCUUAUUGAAGGUACUGAUGAUGAUUUUGAUGAUGCAAAAGAGGACGAUGGUGCUGCUAUUAGAAUGAGUAACUCUCAAAAGUAUCGUGACAACGUUAUUGGUGAAUUGAUUAACCAAAAAAGAGUCUCUGCCAAGAUCAAUGCCGAACAACUCUCCAUUGAUGAAACUGAUGCCGCAACUAUUACCACUACAAUCCAACGUAAAAAGAAUGAGGCUAACGAUGAUUUAUAUCCAUUGGACAUCCUUCAAACUGAGCCACCGGUUCCAAGACGGAAGACUAUUGAAGAUAGUAGCUGUACUCCACCAUCGUUGCUUCAAUUUUUCAAAAAGAAUGUUGGAAAAGAUAUGUCUUCAAUUGCUAUGCCAGUUACGGCAAAUGAACCUUUGACGAUUCUUCAAAAAUUCGCAGAAAUUUUCGAGUAUACUCAUCUUAUUGACAAAGUUGUGGAGUACGAUAUGGCUGAAGGCGAGAAAAUCUUACAUAUUUCAGCCUUUGCCAUCAGUUAUUUGUCAUCAUUUAGAUCUAAGGAACGUAAUAUUCGAAAACCGUUCAUGCCGUUAUUAGGGGAAACUUAUGAACUUGUUCGUGAUGAUUUAAACUAUCGUCUUAUUCUUGAAAAAGUUUGCCAUAAGCCACCGAUUUUCUGUCUCCAUAUUGAUAAUGCCAAUUGGGAAAUUAGCAGCACUAUUAUGCCAGUUAAUAAGUUCUGGGGAAAGUCUCUUGAACUCAUCAAUAAAGGGUCAUUCAAAUUGACAUUUAAAGCAUCUGGGGAGGUAUACGAAUGGAACCAACCAACCACUUUAUUGAGGAACUUGAUUGCCGGAGAAAAAUAUAUUGAACCGGUGGAUAGUAUUACCAUCAACUGCUCUACUGGUGAGAAAUCAGUGGUAGAAUUCAAGCCUGGCGGAAUGUUCACUGGAAGAUCGGAAGAAGUGACGAUCAAAGCCUAUGAUGCUAAUGACAAGUUACGAAAUGUGAUCAUCAAGGGUAGUUGGAAAGAGAAGCUCUUCUUGGCACCUUUUGCAUCGAUCAAUAGUAAAAAGAAAGCAGGAGAAGCCGAUAAUGAAACGGAAAUCUGGGCAGCCAGUCCACUACUUCCUAACUCUCAGAAGAAAUGGGGGUUCACGAACUUUGCGGCCCAACUUAAUGAAAUCACGGUUCUUGAGGAGAAGAAAUUGCCACCAACUGAUUCACGUCUUAGACCAGAUCUUCAAAAAUAUGAAAAUAGCGAUGUUGAUACCGCCGAAACUCUCAAGGUUGAGCUCGAACAACAACAAAGAGAACGUCGUAAAGAGAUGGAAACUAGUGGAGAAAAACAUGUUCCAAAGUUUUUCGCUAAAGAUAUAACUGAUUCCAAUGAUGAUGAUAUCCUAUUGAAUUGGAAUUUUGUGACAGGAGAAAAGAGUUACUGGAAUAGAAGAAAAACUCAAGAUUGGGAAGAUUUGCUACAACUCUAUGAAACCCAAUGGUGA